AUGCCCAUGCUGAGUUCACCGUACUGCGGAAGCGGCCAUUCGCUUGGCGAGGUUUGUGCGAAGCGGCAGCAGCAACGAUACUAUGAACGUGCAGCCUACCGCAGUGCAGCGGCGCUUCCAGCCGCCGGACGAAGAAGCCGACGAGACAGCAGCGCCACCCUGUGCGAGCUUAACAUUCUGGCUCGCAGCUUCUCAUCCUCACGGACGUUCAGUCCAGUUCAGCCUUCGGACAAUAAACUGCUGUCCCCAAACUUGGAAUACACUCUCAUUCCUACACUGGUGACCCGUCCAACGGACAGCAGCAGCAAUGCAGCCAGCAGUACCAGCCGUAAGCUCCGUCGCUUUCCGCCGUUCUGGCACAGGAACCCGGCGAUAUGGUUCAUUCAAGCGGAAACCCAGUUUCAGCUGGCUGGCAUAUCACAGCAGCUUACCAUGUACCGUCACAUCGUCGCUGCCCUUCCUCCCGAGGUUGCGAUGGAAGUCGCAGACGUUCUUCAGGCUCCACCACCUCGCGAUCAGUACUCCCGUCUCAAGACCGCCAUCCUGGAUGGCACCACGCUAACUGAGCGGAAACGGCUGCGGCAGCUGCUUAACACCGAAGAGCUGGGCGACCGCCGCCCAUCCCAGCUGUUACGUUCCAUGGAAGCUUUGCUCGGGGACCACGCCCCCACUUUCGACGCACAGCUUCUUCGCGAGCUCUUCAUGCAGCGCCUCCCAUCUCAGGUCCAAAUGAUUCUGGCUGCCGCGUCAAGCCUGCCACUUGCCAACCUCGCAGAACAGGCUGACAAGAUUAUGGAAGUUGUCGGCCCGGGUGUCUUUACGGUCACACAGCCAUCCCCAGAUCUUUCGGCCCCCGACGUCAAGGCCCCGCCUGUGCACCGCAAGACGACGUCCACGCACGUCUGGACACCCUUUCUGCCGACGUCUCCCACCUGCGCGCGAGCAUUGACGCCCUUGCCAAUGCCCAUACAGACCGUCGACGACAACCCCUCCGUCGCCGCCGCUCAGGAAGCCGCACUUCCCAAUCUCGCCGACGCUCGCCUUCCCCACGCUCUGGAGAUUCCACAUCCACUCCGUGGUGCUGGUACCACCAUCGUUUCGGCGACAGGGCCGAACGCUGUACCCGCCCCUGCGGAUGAUCGUGCCACUAAGUUACGCCUUCUGGUGGACACAGGCGCAGAAGUCAGCGUCCUCCCUGCUACACCUUCUGACCGGCGUCUCCCGCCCUUAUUCCACCUUACGGCGGCCAACAAUACCACCAUCCCAGUUCUCCGCCAGCAGAUUCUCAACCUUAACAUCGGCCUACGCAGGAACUUUUCCUGGCUUUUCCUGGUAGCCAGUGUCGGCCAACCCAUAUUGGGGGCAGAUUUUCUGCAGCAUUUUGGCCUCACGGUUAAUGUGCGGAACAAGCUACUUCUCGACACAUGCAAAAAGCUUUCCGUACACGUCAUGAACGGCAACCGACCUCCCUGCGCCGACACCGUCACGCUUUCUGCAUUGACAUCUCCAUACGCCUCGAUCCUUCGAGACUUCCCUUCUCUCACUCAACCACCGGAUUGGACGAGACCCGUCGCGCACGACAUUGUGCAUCACAUCUGCACCACUGGACCACCUGUUUUUGCGCGACCUCGGCGUCUCGCCCCGGAAAAACUCAAAAUCGCCCGCACGGAGUUCGAGCACAUGCUCGCUAUUGGUGUCGCCCGACCUUUCUCCAGCGACUGGUCAUCUCCGCUGCAUAUGGUCCCCAAAAAGACCGGGGGCUGGCGACCUUGCGGCGAUAACCGCGCUCUCAACCUCGCCACAGUUCCAGACCGUUACUCCUUGCCUCGCCUGCAGGAUUUCACCGUCAACUUUCACGGCUUUACCAUCUUUUCUAAAAUCGACCUAAUGAAAGCAUACCAUCAGAUUCCCGUUGCCCCCGAAGACAUCAAGAAGACCGCCAUUACCACCCCAUUCGGUCUGUUUGAAUUCCAACGGAUGCCUUUCGGGUUGCGCAACGCAGCACAGACCUUCCAGAGGUUUAUUCAUUCCGUCACCAGAGGCCUUUCUUUCGUCUUUGCCUAUAUCGACGACCUGCUUGUUGCAAGUUCUACCCCUGAGGAGCAUGCUGACCACCUCCGUCAACUUUUCGCGCGACUGGCCGCUCAUGGCAUCGUCAUCAACGUCCAGAAGUGUGAAUUUGGCGUUGAGUCUACCGAAUUCUUUGGUCACAUGGUCUCUUCCACCGGCAUCGCUCCUCUCGCAAGCAAGGUCAACGCAAUCACCAGCUUUCCGCAGCCUCAGUCUCUCCGCCAGUUGAGACGUUUCCUCUGUUUAAUUAACUUUUACCGGCGAUUCAUCCCUCACUGUGCCACCACUUUGCGCCCACUAGAAGCUCUCCUCAGUUAUCGCGGCGGAUCGAAGCUCCUUCCCUGGUCAGCUGAAACCGAAGCCGCCUUCUCGAAGAUCAAGGUGGAGCUCAGCGCGCAGAUACAGCUGUACCAUCCCAAGCAUGGCGCUCCGACCGCACUAAUGGUGGAUGCCUCCAACGUGGCCGUGGGCGCGGCCUUACAUCAGAAGUUUGACGACAGCUGGCGCCCUAUAGCCUUCUUCAGUAAGAAGUUGAAACCCGCCGAACAGAAAUACAGAACGUUCGACCGGGAGCUCCUUGCUGCGUACCUUGCAGUCCGGCACUUUCGCCGCUUUUUGGAGGGCCGAGACUUCACGAUCCUCUCGGACCACAAGCCUCUCUCCUAUGCUUUUCGCUCUGCUAGUGGCCGCUACUCGCCUCUUCCAGUAUGUGCAGGGAAGCGCCAACGGUCCAGCCGAUGCCCUCAGCCGCAUCGCGCCGCUCUCUGUACGUGCACAUCCGUCUCGCCGGAAGACGUCGCCUCCGCUCAACCCUCCGACCAAGAGCUCCUCCGACUCCGUGAGACGCAGUCGUCUUCCCUAAGGCUGGAAGACAUUCCGCUGCCCGGCACGGACAUUACGCUGUGCUGCGAAACUUCGACCGGCCGUGCAAGACCUUUCGUGCCAGCAGAGCUCCGGCGCGCUAUCUUCGCUUCCAUUCACGACCUGUCCAACCCCGGCGCCCGACCUACUCAGGAACUCACUGCCGAGCGCUACGUGUGGCCAUCCAUGAAUGCGGACAUUCGAGCUUGGGUGAGGUGCUGCGUCGCUUGUCAGCGCUCAAAGAUCCAGCGUCAUACCGUCACCCCGCUUGGCAAGUUCGCGCCUCCCGACGCCCGCUUCGAUUCCGUCCAUCUGGACAUAGUUGGUCCUCUUGCCAUCUCGCGCGGAUACCGCUACCUUCUCACGGCCAUUGACCGCUUCACCCGCUGGCCAGAGGCUACGCCCAUCACCGACACAACCGCCGAAACCGUAGCCGCCACCUUCCUAAGCAGUUGGAUCGCCCGUUUCGGCCGACCUUGGCUGCAGUCCAGCGCAGCUCGUCUACGGCUGCAGCCUGCCAAGCCAAGCUCGCCCUCCACCCCUUCCGAGCUCCUCGACCGCUUCCACCGCGUCUUCGACAGCCUCCGUCCCGUACCCAACCCGUGCCAACUCAUCCUGCAAGCCCUACGUCCCGCAACAACUUGCCACUGCCACCCAUGUUUUCCUCCGCAUCGACGGAGUUAA